CUCAGCAUCCCACCAGCAUAAUAAAUUCAAUGUCUUGACCAAACAACUUCGACAGCAAAUCCAAAGCAAGGAUGUCAUAUUAUACGAAGCCCCAAGCACCGUUCACCGAACAUUUUUCUUCAUGUACAUAUCAGCUGGAGUGCAAUUGUUAUUUUGGGGAAAUCUAGCCAGUCUAGCCUAUGUAUCAUAUGGUAAAAAGGAAAGGUGAGCUUAAAGGACAGUCUUUUUCUCGGGUCCCUUCCCUUUUGUUGAUGAGUUAUCCCAGUGAUGAAGAGGAUUCCCCAUAUGUACUCGCGCCAAAACCUCAGCGUCUUGGCAUAGCUUCUGGACUGGUUGCUGUUGGCGUUGGUAUCUCAGCUGCCAUGUGCCUUUAUCCUUGGAGGUACAUCAACCGAUUGUCGUUACUCAAAGGCGGCAAUAUGGUCCGACUGGAGACGUGUGCGAAAGGCCUCGCCAGCCAUAAAGUCAAGGAAUACCCCAUAAACAAAUUGGCGGCAUCGCAGCGGGUAUAUACCGGCGUCGGACCUCGUGGGACCGAUGCCAUCAAUUCGACAUCAUCUUACGUGUUUCUAAGAUCUGAGCGUGAACGGAUGGGGUACAUUUUAGAUAGAAAGGGAAACUACCUUGAUCCUAGAAUCUUUGACGGUCUGUUCCAACGAUGACGAAAGGACUUAAUUACAUCACAUUUUGAAUAAAUGGCAAAAUUGAACGAUAGAACGUA